GGGGAGGCUCCCUCUCCUUCCCUGCGCGCGGGCGCCUGCCUUGGGAGGAAGGCCGGAGCGGGGCCUGCCGGCGUCCCAGCAGUCGGUCUCCCCCGCCCGGCGCCUGCUAUGCACUCGCUGGCCCAGGAGAUCCGGGCCUUCUCCAGGCACAACCUGCGGAAGCAAUGCACCCGGGUGACCGCCCUGAGCGGGAGGCGGACCCUGGAGACCUGGAAGGAUGCACAGGUGCAGGUGGUGGAGGUGGCCGCGGCGCCGCCGGGGGACGCCUGCGGUUACGUGCCGGACCGGAGCCUGGAUCUGCGGGUGGGCGCCGUGAAGCCCUGGCUCCUCGUGGGCUCGCAAGAUGCUGCUCAUGAUCUGGACACCAUGAAAAAAUAUGGGGUCACCCAUGUUCUAAAUGUGGCCUAUGGAGUUGAAAAUGCCUUUCCUCAUGACUUCACAUAUAAAAUGAUCCCUAUCCUAGACCUUCCUGAGACCGACAUUGUCUCCUAUUUCCCAGAAUGCUUUGAGUUUAUUGAGGAGGCCCAGUUAAAGAAUGGUGUGGUGCUUGUUCACUGUAAUGCAGGAGUUUCUCGAGCAGCAGCGAUCGUAAUUGGCUUCCUAAUGCAUUCAGAAGGACUCAGUUUUUCCAGGGCUUUUUCUUUGGUGAAAAAUGCAAGGCCUGCUAUUUGCCCAAAUCCUGGUUUUAUGGAGCAACUUCACAAAUACCAUCAGUGCAGUUACAAAAAUGGAAACUUUAAUGAUGCAGAAGGAUGAAAGAGGACGAAUUCAACAUUGUUUCCAUUGUUAUGAGAAAAAACUGAACUUUUUUCGCCUGCAGUGUAAUGGGAGAUGUUUGGAAUUGCUAGAAUUGUCAAUGUAGAAUGUACAUUUAAGUGUAUAAUUUUAAAUCUACUUUUCCUUAGAAAAGUAAAUUGUCUUCAAAAAAAUACAUCUUGUUUUUUUACCAGA